CUGCUAUUAAGGACAAGCGCGGCGGAGGUGAAGACCGCCAGCCUCCCUAUUCACUGAGUCCCAGUGAGGGAGACGCCAGCAAAACCCAGCUCGCUGAAGGAGCGGAGCUCUUUGCACAUUUUGCCUUCCGGGGGUUUAUCGCCGGCACAGCAGCUGCAUCAGCCGCAGCCGCGGCAGGGCCAUCUGCGCGCCAAGCGGGGGCUUUCAUGACUUCUCCCUGCCGCCCCAAACCGACCCCAAAGCGCCUCAGGUUCUGCGAGGCAGCCGAGCCCUCUGAGGGGCCUCCUCCUCGCCUUUGUGGGUGUGUUCGGUGCCGUCCAGUCGGAACCCAGUUAUAGUGACCCUAAUAGGGCUAGUUCGAGUAUAAGCCAUUACUCAAGGGAAACAAGACCAUGGCUUGGAGUGAAUUUGCUGUCCUCAGUUGGCUCAGAGAGAGUCGACAAUCCCGGAAAUUAAUCUUGUUGAUUGUGUUCAUUGCUCUACUCUUGGACAACAUGCUGCUUACGGUAGUUGUGCCCAUUAUUCCCAGUUACUUAUACAGCCUUAGACAUCUGAAAAAUGCUACAGAAAUCCAAACUAUUAGACCAGAAACACCUUCAUUAAGUCUGGACAGUUUUCAGAGGAUCUUCUCCUAUUAUGACAACUCCACAGUGAUUACUGGAAAUUAUUCAGAAGGAAUAAGAUCAGUAGAUAACUAUCAUGCGCAGACAGAGCAAAUGGUAGUAAAUAUGACUAAGACACCGUCGUCGUCAUCUGACUGCCCUAAAGAAGAUAACGACCUACUAAAUGAAAAUGUGCAAGUUGGUUUGCUUUUUGCUUCCAAAGCAACUGUGCAGCUCCUCACUAACCCUUUUAUUGGGCCAAUGACAAAUAGAAUAGGCUAUCAGAUCCCCAUGUUUGCUGGCUUCUGCAUCAUGUUUAUUUCAACAGUUAUGUUUGCCUUUUCAGAAAGCUAUAAGUUGCUGUUUAUAGCAAGAUCCCUCCAAGGAGUAGGUUCUUCAUGUUCUUCUGUAGCUGGGAUGGGAAUGCUGGCCAGUGUGUACCCUGAUGAUGAACAACGGGGCAAUGCCAUGGGGAUUGCCUUAGGAGGAAUGGCUAUGGGGGUAUUAGUGGGUCCACCUUUUGGAAGUGUCAUGUAUGAAUUCGUUGGGAAGACUGCCCCUUUUCUGGUUUUAGCUGCAUUAGCUCUUUUAGAUGGAGCGAUACAGCUGCUCAUUCUACAGCCAUCUAGAAUACAACCAGAAAGUCAGAAAGGAGCAUCAUUGCUGACGCUCUUGAGGGACCCAUACAUCAUUAUUGCUGCAGGAUCAAUAUGUUUUUCAAAUAUGGCAAUUGCUAUGUUGGAACCGGCAUUACCUAUCUGGAUGAUGGAGACAAUGUGUUCAAGAAAAUGGCAACUUGGCGUUGCUUUCAUUCCAGCCAGCAUUUCUUAUCUUAUUGGAACUAAUAUUUUUGGGGUCCUUGCACACAAAAUGGGACGGUGGCUGUGUGCUCUAAUAGGAAUGCUGAUGGUGGGAAUAAGCAUUUUGUGUGUACCACUUGCUACAAACAUAUAUGGACUCAUAGCACCAAAUUUCGGGGUUGGUUUUGCUAUUGGGAUGGUGGAUUCUUCAAUGAUGCCUAUCAUGGGUUACCUUGUUGAUCUGCGUCACGUGUCAGUCUAUGGGAGUGUUUAUGCUAUUGCAGAUGUUGCAUUUUGCAUGGGAUUUGCUUUAGGUCCAUCUGUGGGUGGUGCAGUUGCAAAGGCCAUUGGGUUCCCAUGGCUCAUGACCAUUAUAGGAAUUAUCGACAUCUUCUUUGCUCCUCUGUGUUUGUUUCUGCGCAGUCCACCUGCCAAAGAAGAAAAAAUGGCAAUACUUAUGGACCAUAACUGUCACUUUAAACCCAAAAUGUAUACUCAGAACAGCAUCCAGUCACAUUCAAUAGGUGAAGAUGAAGAGGAAUCAGAAAGUGACGAGUAAAGUCCAACAGUCUUAUCAGCUUGAUAUUUGCAAGUGUUUCCUGUGAAGCAUCUCAUUAGUUGUACUGUACUGUAAUGGUGAUGUAGUAAAAAUAAAUAAAAACCAAAGGUAUAUUUAUUUGUUACCCAUGAGUAUAAAGCGGAUUACCCACUGCCUUACAAAAGGAAUAAAGUAAGUUUUAUAGGAGUUUGUCACAGUUUUAAAACUUAUUUAUGUAUUUAACAUUAUGCAUUCUAUUUUUUAUUAAAUAUGUAGUGUAAAUGUGUAAAUCUAAAUUCAGAUCUAUGCCUUUAAAAUAUUUAUUCAGAAAUACUCUUACUAUUUCAUAUUUUCAUUUGACUCAUGUCACAAGUGUCUAAAACUAGCAGUGAUGAGUUAUAUGACAAGAAAUUACAAUACUUCGUAUUUGUCAAAUACUAUAACUUGGUUUGAAACCAUACAAUUUAAUAUCCACCCUGGCUGUCAAAUAUGUCUGUCAUAGAGGCAAGACAGCCAACAAUUGAACCUCCUUAUGUGUUCAAGAUUGCCAGGUGACUGGAAAGAACCCCCUGGGUGUUACAUUCCAAAGUAGCUUUCUACAGGAACAAAAAUAAUAUAGGAAGUUGUCUUAUACUUUGUAGCUCAGUAUUGUCAACAGGAACAAAAAUAAUAUAGGAAGUUGUUUUAUACUUUGUAGCUCAGUAUUGUCAACCCUAAUUGACAGUUUCUUUCCAGUAUUUAAGGCCUGAACUGAGACCUUCUGCAUGCAAAGCAGAUGGCCUACCAGUGUGUUACAAACCUUGGUCUUCUCAUAUUUAUACAGAUAUUUAUUGGUUUUAUGUUAGUAUUUUAUGUUUAGAUUAAAGAUUCUUUUCUUAAGUAGCUGUUAAAAGACACAACUAAAUUAUAACAUCUCAAGAAAAAUGGUUGUUUCUACAUUAAAUAAAUCUAAAGUCUAACAAAGCACUCUUUCUCUUUUCUUUGCUCUCAGAUGGUCCUUGGAUAUAGGCAAAUUGUAAUGAAUUAGCCUCCUUCCCAGGACCAUAGGCUGUUCCUUCUCUAGGCAGAAGCAUUUGCAGGAUGGGACUUGGGAGAGAAGAUGACUUGGUUAGAUCACUAUAAGGGAAGCCCCAUCACAUCAAUUCCUUGAAAAUCUGCAUUGCAAUCCAGAGAUCUCUGGCUGUGUUCUAUCAUCACGUGCAGUUGAGCCCACUGGAGGAUUAUUAUAAAUUGAUCCUAAUUUUAAUUUAUAAUUAAUUAAAAUUAAUUACAAGAAUAAAAAUCUAGCAAGUGCUGGGCCAUAUAUACAUAUCUAGUGUUAUGUGUAUGUCAUCUUGUUUGUAAAACAUGAUCUGUGCCUUUUAUAAUGUAUUAGCAGAUUAUUUGCAUCUUAAACCACACACCUUAUUUACAUAGUUUUAUAUAUGUAUAUAUAGAUCAAAGUAUUAAAAUGCUAUAGAUGAAUAGUUAUUGUUGAUAAUUAU